GUUCUUCUUAAGCCUCGAGGCAGUUGCGUUUUUAUCCGUGGAAAGCCAAUGGAAGAAAUCCCUUGUCUGUGCAGCAUGCACUACUGACACGCUGCGAUCAUUUUCAUCGUGGCCUCGUGUGGACUGCCUUUGUUCGAGUCACCCGCCCCCCGACUUGGUACAUAGUACAUAUAUGACCUCGUAAUUAAAACUCAUAUCUAUCAACAAUCCAACUUUCUCAACACUAUCUGCACCUGGCAUGAAGCCAACUUCUGAUACGCGAAAGCCCUAUAGCGGCUCCUCGCGUGCACUAAUCAUCGCUCUCGACGUCGGAACCACUUUCAGUGGUGUAUCAUAUGCCCUACUCGAACCAGGCGAGGUCCCAAAAAUCCACGGUGUCACUCGUUUUCCUGGUCAAGAACAUGUAGCUGGCAAUUCCAAGAUUCCCUCCAUCAUGUAUUACGAUAAGCAUGGCAGAGUCAUGGCUGCUGGCGCUGAGGCAGACAAUGCCUCCAUAAUAAGCCAGGCUGAGGACGAGGAAUGGAUCAAAACGGAACUUUUCAAGCUUCGCCUCCGGCCGAAGAGUAUGAAAUUGAAAAUGAAUGGGAUGCGCUUGAGUCCGCUACCACGGCAUAAAACAUCCGUCGAUGUUUUUGGAGACUUCCUCGCCUAUCUCUUCCGCUGCACGAAGAGUUUUAUCAUAGACACACAUGCUAACGGCCAGACCUUGUGGCACCAUGUCGAAACCAGCACAGAGUUCGUGUUAAGUCAUCCAAACGGUUGGGAAGGUGCUCAGCAGACGAAAAUGAGACGCGCUGCUGUGUAUGGGGGUUUGAUUCCUGAUACGGACCAAGGCCGAGCGCGAAUCCGUUUCGUCACGGAAGGAGAAGCUAGUCUCCACGCCUGUGUCCAGAGUGGUCUUGCUGCCGAUGUUCUUUCUAAUCCGUCUAGGCACGGGUUCCUUGUAGCUGAUGCGGGUGGUGGUACGCUUGAUAUCAGUUCCUACGCAGUUCGAGGGACCAAUCCCCUGGUAAUCGAGGAGGUGGCUCCUCCUGACUGUAUAUUUGCCGGAUCAGUCUUUGUCAGCCGAAGGGCAAGGGAAUUCCUUGAAGAGAAGCUCAAAGGGUCGAAAUAUGGCACCUCCGAUUCGAUCGACCAUAUCACGAAACGCUUCGAUGAAACCACUAAACGGCUAUUCCGAGACAAAAAAGAUUUGCAAUUUGUUCCAUUUGGCUCUCCACUUGACAAAGAUCUCUCAGUCGGCAUCCGCGGAGGUCAGUUGAAACUCGAUGGUGCGGAGGUGGCAGAGUUCUUCGAGCCUUCUGUCCAGGCGGCAAUCACCUCGAUUAAAGCCCAAGUUGACGCAUCGCAAGGGGUGAUCAAAUCCGUCUGGUUGGUGGGAGGAUUCGCGGCCAGCCCGUGGCUCUUUACUCAGUUACAGGAACGCCUCGCUCCACUGAAGAUUACUGUAAGCAGACCUGACAGUCAGACUUCCAAAGCCGUGGCCGACGGUGCACUUGGCUUCUACUGCGAUCACCAUGUUUCGGCCCGAAUGUCGAAAUUCAUGUAUGGGGUGGAGUACUUGCGUGAGUACGAUCCCAACGAUCCGGAACACCAGUCUCGGAAAGAUCGACUUUGCGAGCUUCCUUCUGGUCCUCGGCUUCUGCCCGAUGCAUUUGAUUGCAUCCUUGCUCGAUGUGUGAAGGUUAAGGAAUCCACGGUGUUCUCGCGGAAGUACUGCACGGAACUCACAAACCUGUCUACCCUUUCUGUGUUUGAGGUAGAGAUAUGGUGCUAUAGAGGUGGUGACACGAUUCCGCAGUGGAUUUUACGCCACGCAGAGGACUAUUCGACUUUGUGUGUAGUCCGUGCUGACCUGUCGCUCCUCAGCGGAAGUGCGGAACCUAAACAAGGCAAGAACGGAAAGACAUACUGGACGAUCGUGUUCAGCGUUGAGAUUCACUUUGGUCUCACCGAGUUCAAAGCGCGGAUAAAGUGGAAUGACAACUUAAUUGUGACAAUAUUAGGGAACGAUCAAGUAUGGGCCUGCGUCUAUCGUAUAUAGCGAGAGCGGCCACCGUGCCGAUGAAGACGAACCAGACAUCUCAGAGGAUGACUACGCCCCAUCGCGUUCUGGAUCCGUUGCGCCGUCACGCUCUCAUUCCGUUGCGCCAUCACGCUCUCGUUCCGUCGCUGCCUCUCGCGUUGAUUCUCGCGAGUCAUUGGCUUCAGGCACCAGGACUCCUUUGGGAGCCUCACGAGUAGAGUCCACAUUCAUAGAAGUCCAAGAGCGUAGCCAGACGAGUGUAGUCGCAACUCAGUCAUCCGCUUCCAAGGUGUCCACCGCCUCACCUCCGACCCCAACGGCCACUGAGCGUGGGGUGAGGAGCAACGCAACGUCAAUUUCUCAUCCUGCGCCGCCAUCAUCCACGACUGAACAAAGCAUCCGGGAGGUUGAGCGAGAACGGACUGUGUCUACUGCGUCCAAGGUCUCCACAGCAGUUGCGAGCACUGUUGAGCGGGACCGCAGGAUCU